AUGGACAAGGGGCGUGAAGGCCGCAGCGGAUCGCAUUCGAUUAUUAAAGAGACAGACCCAGGUGUAUGGACUGUCUUCCGACGCGUCUGCUUCCACUUUGCGCCUAGGGACUUUGAAGCUCAAUCCCAAACGGUGUGUGGCUUAUUGCAAGUCUUCGGCGUUACUCCAGCUUGUCUCGAACCCGCCUUUGAUCCAGAUGCGACCCCGGAUCAGCGCCGACGUCAGCGGGGUGCUUCAGUAACCGGAUCGGUUCAACGUUAUUUCACAAAUAGGAAUACCCAGUCUGCCUGUGCGCAUAAAAACGGCACGGUUGUGCUCAACCUGGCGGUGGCGGUAGCUUACACUAUGGCGGCGACGGUGCCGCCAGCAAAUGAUGAACCGGGCAAACUCGACCCGCCUGUGGACCCGGCCGACAGCGACCUAGAUGCGGAGGGAGAAGAUGAGACGGACUUGUACGAAAUGGACCAGCAACUCCAAGAUGCUGUCCACCGAGCAUACACAGGGGAAGUUGAUGAAGAUGGUCCAGAUGCCGCAGCAGAUGGAAAGAACUCAAGCGCCAAUGAGUUGAAUGGAGAAGAAGAUGAGGACAAUGAUGAAGCUGAACCUGUUGGGGCUGUCAAGCUGCCAGAUGAAGAUGCGGUCUCCGAAGAGGAAUAUGCUGAGUCUGAGACAGCCGACGCGGAUGCCGACCCCGGGUUUGAGGCAAAUGACCGUGACGCCUCAGAAUCUGACUCGAGUGAUCAUGAGUCAGAAGUCGAAGAUUGGGAGGCUGAGAGCAAUGAUCGUGAGGAUGUUGACACCGAUAUUCGCAGUCGCGCAAAUUGCGUGUUUUGCAGCCAAGACGAGGAACACGACCCGAGUGAAGAUUUUGAGGAGUGGCUUACUUGCAUUGUUUGUGGUGAUCACUCUCAUCGCCAAUGCGCUCGUGAACAAGAAGCAUUUGAUGACACGGAAGAUCCAUGGAGGUGUCCCGGUUGCGUUGAGAACAAUCUGCAGCCUGACACGAUAGCAAUCUCGGCGACAGAAAUGGCAACCGGGGCCGCGGUGCUCCCUAAAGAGCUUUUGCCUGCGCACGCUGGUACACAUGACGAAGGUUUCCAUUCUAUUUUCGACACAGGCGUCAACGACGAGAUCCUCAACAGCUCACGAUCGCUACGAAAACGAAAAGCUUCAUCGAUUGAAGCAGAAGAACAUACACCUGUACUUCGAAAAAGACUUCGACAAACGUCCUUCCGCCCCGAUCACCCAGCCUUGAAUCUUGCAGCCUCAGAGGGCGGGGAGGCAAUUGGCGACGGCGAUAAUUUCUCUCCUGCUCGGACACGUUCUGUACGCGUCCGACGCACUCGUGCCGUGGACCGAGCGCACUGCCGCGUGGUAAACAAGCAGUUUGGGAAAUUGAUCAUUGGAUUCCGGCUGGACGAAGCGAAAAUGUCUCAAAUAACAGGGUCUCAAAUGAGAUCCCAACGCAAGAAAAAGAAAGCACCCAAGCCGCCACCCGUGGCCCCAGAACCCCAGGCACACUUUGUCCCUCUCCCCCCAGUAUCCUACAACUCCAUGACUUUGUUCGAAAGCGAUGACGCCAAAUCAAAACCAUAUGGAGGAAUUCUGUCCGAAGUCGAGCAGGAUACCUCCAGGACUCUCCCUACUCAAUCUGACCGUGAUCGAUUCGAACAAGCUCGCCUGAAGGCCGAAGACGAAUGGCAGCAAAAAGUGAGAGAUGCAGAGCUCAAUGGCGAAGCAACUCCGCAUGCAUCACAAAAGGUUUCUGGUCCUCCUUCAAAAAUCAAAUCCAUCAACUUUGGUGGCUACGAGAUCGAAACCUGGUAUGCAGCGCCCUAUCCGGAGGAAUACAGCCGCAAUCGCGUUCUAUACAUUUGCGAGUUCUCAUCCCCCGGCGACGAGAUUUAUCGGGACCGAUCAAUCUCAAUAUUCGAGGUUGAUGGACGCAAGAACCCAGUCUAUUGUCAAAAUCUUUGCCUUCUCGCAAAACUCUUCCUUGGCUCUAAGACUCUUUACUACGAUGUCGAGCCCUUCUUAUUCUAUGUCAUGACUGAAUACGAUGAUCUGGGCUGCCAUUUUGUUGGCUACUUCAGUAAAGAAAAACGUCCAAGUUCAGCGAACAACGUCUCCUGCAUUCUCACUCUACCCAUUCAUCAACGCAAAGGCUACGGCAACCUCCUCAUUGACUUUUCAUAUCUACUUACGCGCAUCGAAGGCAAGAAUGGAUCGCCCGAAAAGCCUCUUUCCGACAUGGGUCUGGUGUCGUACCGGAACUAUUGGCGACUGAUCUUAUCAUACCAACUUCGUGAUUUGAAGAGGCCUGUCAGCAUCGCAGAUCUCUCUGAUCGCACUGGAAUGACGGCGGAUGACAUUGUAUCUGCCUUGGAAGGACUUCGAGCUCUUGUGCGGGAUCCCAUCACUAAGACUUAUGCGAUCCGUCUCGAUCAUAAGUACUACAAUGAAGUCAUCAGCGGCUGGGAAAGCAAGGGCUACGUCCAGCUCAAUCCAGAUGCGCUGCUCUGGACACCAUACAUCAUGGGUCGUAGCAACCAGUCCCAUUUCGAUCGUGCUCCCCUACACACCGUUGCCCCUCGAGACGAUCCAGAUGAAGAAGACGAUGAAAUGGAAGCAAAACCGUCAGAAUAUGAGCGCGAUGCUCGCAUGAGCGGGAUAAAUGGAGAUGGUCUUGCAGAAUCUGCUGGACCGCCUUCUAGAAUGGCCCUGCUACCUAAUAUCCCCCACCACCCAGCAGUAGGCAACCCUGAACCGCCCGAAAUUCCAAACCCUGCAGCUGGGAUCCCACCCUCCCGGUUCGAACUUUGGCCUCCUGUGCCUCCCGCUGCACCCCCCAAACGCAAACCUGGUCGUCCGUCUGGUAGCAGCAAAGUGAAUAGCACGUCAACCACACCGAUGGCUGCUCGCAAUGGUGGCCGCAACACUCCUCGACGACCCUCUGGGCUGGCAAUGCUCACACCCGGAGGCAGCAGCAUUCGCCGCGGAAGAAGCUCCAUCCUCACGGACUCGCCCGCAGCUGAGGCGAUGCCUAACCAGGUUAAUGGUCUUGAAGUGGAGCAUAGUGAGACUGUUGAGGAAGAAGCCAUUGUUGAUGAAGAUGCCGAAAAUGUCGCUCCUAUCCUCGAAGCAGCUGCUGAGAUAACCGAAAAGGCACCAGAGGGUGUCAACGGUGACAAUAUUCCGGAGGAAGCGAUCAAAACUAAUGGCAUACAUGCUUCAAAGUUGGAGCCCUCCGAGGAUAAGGAAGCCCCAAAGACCCCUGAGAAGAACACAAAGGCUACCUCGCAAUCGCCAGAUAGAGCAGUUCCCCGUCGACCAAAUGACAAUCCCAAGACGCCGGGAUCGGUCAAUCGCAAGGCUUUAGUUGAGAAAGUUCAUGUCGUGAUCCCUGCUGAUCCAGGGUCGGCUUCCAAGUCACCAAGCAAGGGUGAAGACCAAAAGGCUGUGGCCAAUAUCAAUGGCAUUGACGCGGACGCUGACGCGGACGCCGAUGCAGAUGCAGACGCAGAGAUUGACGCCGAAUACGAGGUGGAUGGGGAUGUCGUGAUGCAGACAUGA